AUGGAAGGCGAGGGUGUCAAGCGGGAGGAACUGGAGGGCGCCACGGGGGAGGCCGCCCCACAGGAGGCCGCUUCACAGGAGGCCACCCCCCAGGAAGACGUGAGCGCCAAACUGGCGGACAUCCUCUCCGUGGCGUCUGAGUGCAUCCAGCCCGAGGAGCUGAAGGCCAGGCUGCUGCUGAAGAGGCGCCUGGUCUGCUACGAUGGGUUCGAGCCGUCCGGCCGGAUGCACAUCGCGCAAGGGCUUCUAAAAUGCCAAAUUGUUAACAAACUGACGAGCAACGGGUGCAGGUUCAUCUUCUGGAUCGCGGACUGGUUCGCGCAGCUGAAUAACAAGAUGUCGGGGGACCUAAAGAAAAUAAAAAAAGUGGGCAUGUACUUCAUCGAGGUGUGGAAGAGCUGCGGCAUGAACAUGCAGAACGUAGAGUUCCUCUGGGCCAGCGAAGAGAUAAACAAGAAGCCGAACGAGUACUGGUCGCUAGUCAUAGACAUUUCUAAAAGCUUUAACAUUAAUAGAAUCAAGAGGUGCUUAAAAAUUAUGGGGAGAUCGGAGGGAGAGGAGAACUACUGCUCGCAGAUUCUUUACCCUUGCAUGCAGUGCGCAGAUAUUUUUUUCCUAAAUGUGGACAUCUGCCAGUUAGGGAUUGACCAAAGGAAGGUCAACAUGCUUGCUCGGGAGUACUGCGAAAUUAAGAAGAUGAAGAAGAAGCCCAUCAUCUUGUCUCAUCAAAUGCUUCCUGGUCUCCUGGAGGGACAGGAGAAGAUGUCAAAGUCGGAUGAGAAUUCCGCCAUCUUCAUGGACGACUCCGAGGCAGACGUGAAUAGGAAGAUCAAGAAGGGGUAUUGCCCCCCCGGUGUGAUUGAGAGCAACCCCAUUUUCGCCUACGCCCGCAGCAUUGUCUUUCCCCACUACAACGAGUUCGCCCUGCAGCGAAAGGAGAAGAACGGCGGCAACAAGACCUACGCCACGAUCGCCGAGCUGGAGGCGGACUACCUCAGCGGCGCACUGCACCCCCUCGACCUCAAGGACAACGUGGCCAUCUACCUCAACAAAAUGCUGCAGCCGGUGAGGGACCAUUUCCAAAAUGAUGCCGCGGCGAAGAGUCUGCUGAGUGAAAUUAAAAAGUACAAGGUUACCAAGUGA